CUGACAAAAUUUCAAACUAUUCUUCCGUUUCUUUCCCCUGCUUUCAGUGGGCUGAUCGGCCGCUCCUGGGCCAUGGUGUUUGCCAGUGGAGGCUACAGAGUCAAGAUUUAUGACAACCAACCUGGACAGGCUACCAAAGCCAUCACAGAAAUCAGGAAGCAGCUGGAGGAGCUGGAGGGAGCCCACAUGCUGAGAGGGGUCCUGAGUGCUGAGCAGCAGCUCGCCCUCCUCAGCAGCCACGAUGACCUUUCUCAGGCUCUGGACGGGGCCUUCUUUGUCCAGGAGUGCGUGUUCGAGCAGCUGGAAGUCAAGCAGAAGGUCUUCCGGGACGUGGAGCGCCUGGUGGGGAAAGCCGUGAUCCUGAGCAGCUCCACCUCCUGCCUGGUGCCCAGCAGCGUCUUCUCCCAAGUGCAGGACCGGAGCCGCUGCCUCGUCUCCCAUCCGGUAAACCCACCUUACUAUGUCAAACUGGUGGAGCUGGUGCCUCACCCAGAGACGUUAGCAACAGUUAUGGACGCCACCCAUGCUCUCAUGACCAAGGUUGGCCAGGCGCCGGUCCGACUGAAAAAAGAGAUUGAUGGCUUUGCCCUCAACAGAGUCCAGGCUGCCAUUAUCGCCGAGUCAUGGAGGCUGGUCCAGGACGGCGUCAUCUCGGUGAAGGACAUCGACCUGGUGAUGUCAGAGGGGCUGGGAAUGCGUUACGCCUUUAUCGGUCCCAUGGAAACGAUGCACCUCAACGCGCCCGAAGGGCUUGAGGACUACAUGGCCCGGUACGGGGAGGGAAUCAGGAGGGUCCUGGGCUCCUUCGGGCCGGUGCCCGACUUCUGUGGAGCCGGAGCCAAGGGCGUGGUGGAGGUAACCCGUAACGGGGAGAUGUGCGAGCUGAUUCCCGGUGACCAGCAGCAUCUGUUAGCCAGAAAAGAGCGCAGGGACCAGCUCCUCAUGCUGCUGGCCAAGCUGAAGAAGGACCACUGA